UACUCAGUGCUGACGAGACCCACCUGCUCCUCAGCUCCCCAGGUGGGGUCUGCAAUUGCAGUAAUGAUUUAGCCAGGCUGGUCAUGGAAGUGUUGGAGGGCUGAAAUGCACAGAUACAGGGCAGGACAUCCAGUGAGAACUACCAUGAAGAACAAACUGUGGCUCCAGAAUAUUUUCUUCUGCCUUUUAUUCCAGUACACUAUGUGUUGGGAAAACCUCACUUGUUUCGUGGACUAUGUAGAGACCCUGUCCUGUAUCCUGCGAGAUGAGCUGGGUGCCGGUUCGUACGAUGUCACUGCUACAUGGGUUCCUGGGGAAGAUCCAGAAAAUACUGUGGCUACCUGCAGUCUCAUGCAAUUGUCAAGAAACACCAGUCACACACAGUACAUGUGCACUGUGGAUAUGACUGAACUCCUGGCAGAUACCAAAGUCCAGGUGGAUGUUACAGAGGUAGCUGAUAGGCAGCACGUGCUUUCCAAAGACUUUUUUUUGUCAGAAAACAUAAAACCACAGCCUCCAUUCAACCUGACCGCUUUGUUCUCAGAAGGUUACAAUAUUUCUUGGGAAACCAUCUACCAUAACUCUUCCUUCUACUUUUUGAAUGGGGAGCUGGAAUAUCAGCUGCGUUACAAAAGAAUAACUGACACCUGGGAGACUCAGAAGACCAAAGCUGUUCAUGAAGAUAAACGGACAUUGGUGAUCCUGCCAUGGGAGCUACAGGCGAACACUGAGUACGAGUUCCAAGUGAGAGCUAGACCCCGGGAGGACAGUGACUAUGGUGGUUUUUGGAGUGAAUGGAGUUCUCCGCUGUCACUGAAAACCAGCCCUGCCGCAGUGACACAGACAGCAGGCAUGGAAUGGUUGUUGCUGUUUGGUAUUGUCGUGGCAAUCAUGGCCUCAAUCACAACAUUUCUGGCCAAACAGCAGAGCUUGUGGAAGAAGAUGGCUUGCAUCCCAGACCCUGCUCCCUUUUUCAAACCUCUUUACAUGGCUCAUAAUGGAGAUUUUAAGAAGUGGGUUGGUGCAUCCCAUAUGAAAAUGACCUUUGAUUUCUUUGAAUGGGGAAUAGUCCUUCCAGAAGUCCUAGAAGUUUAUACCAUGCAUCCUUCCAAGAGCACCCCACAGGAAGAGCUGUGUGAGCUAAGAAAGAAUCUGCCUUGCAAGCCCUGUGUGUCUUGCCUGGCUGCCCCAGGUCAUGGUAGCCAGUCGCUGUGGUGUAGUGUGAACAGUAGUGGUGGGACUGAGGACCAGUCCUAUGGGCACUUGUCAAUUGAUACAGUGACUGUGGCCGAUGAAUUUACAUCUUGUGACUGCCAGUGCAGCUGUAACCAUGUGUACAGGGAACAUGACCAUACCAACAAGGAAGAUGGUAGUGCUGGAGAACCUGGUUACCCCAAGGUUAACCUUGAUGAGGAAGACAGAAAAAUAUCCAGUGACUUGCAUUUGGCUCAUCUGAGUACACAGGACAAAAUACUUGCUUCAGGCUGUGUGUCCACAGACCACUUGAGGAGCACAAGUGUCCCAGUCAACCAGCAAGGAGAAAGGGGAGUGGAAGGAGGGGUGGAGAGCAUACUAGAAGCCCUUUGCUUGCAGCCUUAUCAGUGGGAUUUGGAAAAUCCAGGUUCUCUACCUUCUCCUGAUGGUGAAAGUGUUUCCUGCAGUGAAGGCUCCUAUGACUUCUUCCCUCACAAUACAAAGCCUGGUGACAAUUAUCCGUUGAUCUGUGUAGAUUUGGACACUAUUGACAGUGGCUUUAUGGACUCAGACUGUGGAAGUCCAGUUGACUCUGAAUUUGGGCAAAACAGUCAGACCAUUUGUGGGCCCAUCCCUCUUGAGCAGGAGGGGCAAGACUUUACACGGAGCUACGUCAAGCAGUGGGUCUCCUGUCGCUCUGAGAGCCCUGUCAGUGGGACACAGACAAACUAGGGACUGGAUGAAUGUGGGGCCUUUUCCAUAGUGCGCCAGGACCAAACUGCUGGCAAAAUUCAGAAGAGAAACAAAGUUUACUUUGUGUAACCUCUCUUGCAUAAACUGACACCUGUUAGGUCCACAGAAGUGUGCCUGUUUCUAUUCCCACUUAUCCUAUUGAUGUCUCAAAUGUGUUGUGAUUGAUUGUUUCUGAGUUUUGUUGGGUUUUGGGUUUUUUUAGAAUCAUAGAUCAACCCUCCUUUGAUGGCAGAAAAAUAUCAGAAAAAAACAACUGUACCUUGAAAAUUAUCUUUGACUCAUAUAGAUAUGCGAAAUUUUUUGCAGUAACCUUAUAAAGAGUACAGAACUUUGAGUUAUUUUCCCUGGUAUUCUCACUUGAAUUAAGAGUUUGGCUGCACGUGGAACCUUAGAAUCAUAACCCAUGGCAAGCAUGCUUGCUGCGUUAAAAUUCCCCUACCUUUCCAAACAACAUGUGAUGUUACUUUUCCUUCUACUACCUUUGGCUCUUUAAAGUCAGCUGUAGUAGUCUGUUAAUUACAGAGGGCUCCAUACUGGUCCAUGGGGAUCAAAACUAAUUCUUAUUAAAUUAUUGCAGAAAUGCGUGUACUAGAGACUAAGCACAACUCAGGUUUCAGAAAGACUUUCCAGGCAGAGUCUGCAAAUGAAAAGACUUCAAAAUAUAUAUAAUUCUAAACAAACUCUCACUGCUAGGCUUUUCUAUUGAGUCAGAUUCUCUCCCUGCACUUUUCAAGCAUUUUAAUUGAGCAGCUUUUAGAAUUUUGCCAAAAUUAUCGAAACAUUGUCCUAUCUGGAUAUGCCUGCCACUUCUGCCUUGGACUUGCUCUGCUGCAGUUAACAGGUCAGUAGCAUAAAUUUUGAGCAAUUUCUGCUAGCUAAUAAAGCCAAAUCUGAAGCUGCACUGUAACCCUGAAUCUGUUUUUCUCUCUGACAUCUCCAUAUCUCUGAUUUAUUCAGGAUAAUUGUCUUAAAAGGUCACUGAAAAGUAAAACUGAAAUUGAAUGUGAAGACCUUCAUCUUACAUAAGCA